UCAACAUAUUAAUACCAUACCCACACAAUCCUCAAUAAACACAAAACCACAUUCUCUUAUUCCACUUUUCUACUCUCAAAAAACCAACCAAACAUUCAUAUUCAUUCCAAUGGCUCUAUUUUCGAUUUCAACAACAUUAAUCUUCUUCUUCUUCUUCUCUCUUUCACUCUCUCAAGACCAACCUCUCCUUGACCCAACAGAACAAAAAGCACUCUACAAUGUUCUCAACUCCCUCAACCCAACCAUUCCAUGGCAAACACUUUUCCCCGAUGAUCUCUGUCUCUCCGCUCCACACGGCGUUGUUUGCGACUAUGAUCAAAACCAACCACACAUUGUUGAACUCAACUUCGGUUACGUUUCCGAUGAAACACCAACCCCACCUUGUUCCUCUAACGCCACUCUCAACCCAACUCUCUUCACCUCUUUCUCCUACCUCCGAAAACUCUUCUUCUACAAAUGCUUCAACAACACACAAAACAUCAUUAACCUCUCUCUUCCUUCUUUCCCUUCAUCUCUCCAAGAACUUGUUUUCAUCCAAAACCCUUCUAUUGUUUCACCUCUCCAACCUUUUCUCACAAAUCUCACUUCUCUUAGGAGACUUGUCUUGAUCGGAAAUGGGUUUCACGGUGAACUUCCGUCGCAGAUUGGUGAUUUUAUUGACAUGGAAGAGCUUACUCUAUCAAAAAACAAUCUCUCCGGUGCGGUUCCGGUGAGUUUGGGAAAACUGAAGAAGCUGAAGAUUCUUGAUCUUAGUCAGAAUGAGUUUAAAGGGUGUGUUCCAGAACACGUUGGGAAUCUAACUUCUCUUUUGAAGCUUGAUUUAAGCUAUAAUGGGUUUAGUUGUAAAAUCCCAGAGAGUUUUAGCAACUUGAAAAAAAUGGAAUUUUUGGAUUUAAGUUUCAAUCUUUAUGGUAAUUUUGGUGUCCCUUUGUUCUUAGGAGAAAUCCCCGGAUUGAAAGAAGUUUAUUUAAGUGGGAAUUUACUUUCUGGUAAAAUUCCAGAAAUAUGGAAAAAUCUUGGUGCUGUUGAAAAAAUUGGAUUUUCUAAAAUGGGGUUGGUUGGUAAAAUUCCAGUUUCAAUGGGGGUUUAUUUGAAGAAUUUAUCUUAUCUUGGACUUGAUAACAAUAAGCUUGAUGGGUCUGUUCCUAAGGAAUUUGGGCUUUUGGAAUUUGCUAAUGAGAUCAAUUUGGAGAACAACAAUUUGAGUGGUAGAAUCACUUUCUCAACUAGAGUUGGACAGAAGUUAAAGUUGGCAGGAAAUGUAGGGCUGUGUUUGGGAAACAAUAAUAGUAGCUGUUCUGAAAAUGGAGGUAGUUUGGGUCAACUUAAUCCCUGCAAAAUAACAGAUGUUGUUUCUGAUAGUGAAGUCCUUUUCAAUGGGGCUUCUUUGAUGCUUUUUGAUCCUAUUAAGCUGGUUUUGGUUAUGUUGUUUGUUUUCAUGGGAUUUUGAAUUGGGAAGGGUGAAGAUAUGUUUUGUCUUUUUUUUACCAGAAAAGAAAUACUCCUAUCUGUUUACUCUUACUAGGAAAAGGGUUUUGAAUUCAACAAAUGUAAAUGGAAAUGAUAGUGAUGGUAGUGUAGUAGUGAAGAAAUGUUAUUUAGAGUAUGUAUGCUGAAAACGAAAUUUCAUUAAUUACUUUUUCUUUUUACUCAGA